UUAUAUAAGAAGGUUUGAUUAAACCUUUUCGUCCAUCAUCCCUAGUUACUCAUACUAGUUUCUUCAUCGGUUUCCAACCUUCUGAACCAUGACAAAAGGCGGACUUGCAACGACCAUAAAGACUUUACUCCUUAGGAGGAGGACUAAUAGUAUGACUCCCAAAGGUGUUGUGGUACGUUGCAUGAACAAGGUGGCUAGAUGGGACGAAUGUUAUGAUGAUGAACAUGAAGUACAAUCAUUAGAACCUAAGGUACAACCACAAGAUAAAAGUUGCAAGGAACAUGAAGAAAGCUGCUGGAUCCCACAUCCUCGUACAGGAAUAUAUUAUCCUAAAGGUCACGAAUGGGUGAUGAAAGAUGUUCCUGAUGGUGCGGCUAUAUUCGAUUACAAUUAUUGGUUAAGAAAUGGUGAUGGAUUUUGAUUUGUGUGAUAAUAUAUUUCAUACAUUAGUCAUAAUAAAAUGCAUAUGUACGAAUUGAAUGUACUUUAUCAUAGUGGUAUUAGUUCCCAAGGAUAUAAUAAUAAUAGGACAGCUGAUAAUAUGUGUCGAAAUUAUAUAUGUUAGAUAGAGGGCCGUUCCAAUGUUUUUGGAGGCGCUAAACGAACUAAAAAGUCAGGACUCUAUUUAAUUGGUAUAAAGGAAUUAAGAUUGAGAUUUGAGACAUUGAAUAACCAUAGCGAUGAUUUUUCCUAAUCUUGGCCCUAAUUUCGCUCAAUCCGCAAUCAGUUUCACAUUGGUUACUCAAACGACGCCGCAAGUAACGAGGGUUGAUGUGUUGUGUGCGUGGACAAUGCAGACUCCUAGGGUAAAUCCUAAAUCUUGGGCCUAGAAACGUUGUUUAAAUGGCAAAAAACAAGUCUAAUAUAUGAAAUGAAAUAAAAUUGGAGGCCCUUGUUUUUUGGUGGCUUUAGGCCU